AAAAAAACUACACCACACAGUUUUUUUCCCCUUCAUUUGGUAGGUGUGUUUAGCAUCUUCGUGGAUCUACGAAUUUCCACUCCCAUUUAUCAUUCAUCAUCAGGAUCCUCUUAACAGUACCUUGUUUGCUUUGGCAUCUCAUCGCUGCUGGUUCUGUAUUUGCAGAAAUGGCCGCAUUCUUAGCUCGGAAAUCACUUCUUGCCCUUCGUUCCCGCCAGCUCGCUGUGGCAGGUCAGGGGCUGCACAGUCCCCAAAAUUAUGGCAUGCGAUUGAGUGCACACCUCUACUCUACCAAAUUAGUUGCACCAACCGCAGAGGAAGAAGAAAGGGAGAAACUUGCAAAGGAAGUUUCAAAGGAUUGGAGUGCUGUUUUCGAAAGUAGCAUGAACACACUUUUUCUCACUGAGCUUGUUCGAGGUCUAAUGCUGACGCUGAAAUACUUCUUUGACAAAAAUGUUACAAUCAAUUAUCCAUUUGAGAAAGGCCCUCUGAGUCCUCGUUUCCGUGGUGAACAUGCACUCAGACGGUAUCCAACAGGAGAGGAACGGUGCAUUGCUUGCAAACUUUGUGAAGCUAUUUGUCCUGCACAAGCAAUAACAAUUGAGGCUGAGGAGCGCGAAGAUGGGAGCCGCAGGACAACUCGGUAUGAUAUUGACAUGACUAAGUGCAUCUAUUGUGGAUUCUGUCAAGAGGCGUGCCCAGUUGAUGCCAUUGUUGAAGGGCCAAACUUUGAAUUUUCUACAGAGACUCAUGAGGAGCUUCUAUAUGACAAAGAGAAACUGCUUGAAAACGGAGAUAGAUGGGAAUCUGAAAUUGCCGAGAACCUGAGAUCUGAAAGCCUUUAUCGCUGAUAAUCUUGUUUGAUCCAUGACUUUUGCUUAUUCUAUCUUAUUGCGCACCGAUAAAUAAAAUGAUAAGUGAACGGUCUUGAAGAAUUGUAUGGAUUAAGGAUUGUUCUUCAAUUUUUAUUUUUUGUUGGGCAAUUGUUGCAUUUCUGUCAUGCAUACAGUUGUGGUGGCUUAUUUGCCCUUGAAAUCUUGAAACAAAUGCGUAAAUAAUUUUAAGAAUUCUACAAAUAGAUGUCUUUACUUAGUAGAAACUUGUGGCCUUCAUUGAUCCUUAGAAGUUGAAAUGUAGCUUGCAGAAUGGAAACACACUUGAUUAUUGGCUUCGAUGAUGAUUCUUGUAAUCUUCCAUUGGCUUGGCUUGUUGAUGUCAUUCUCACUCCAUCCUGUGUAGUGUUGUUACUUCAUUACAUCAGCAUAAAGUAUUAAUAUUUUAUUUCGUGCAA